AUCAUUUCCUCCUCUUCCUCCUCCUCCUCCUGCGUCUCCUCCUCAGCAUCAGUGGACCAGGGAACAUGUCCUUUGUCAAAGUGACCGUGGACGGACUGCUGAAAGGCUACGACAUCCGUCUGCGGCCGGACUUUGGAGGUCCACCUGUGUCUGUGGGGAUGAGUGUGGACGUGGCCAGUAUAGACAUGGUGUCAGAGGUCAACAUGGACUACACUCUGACCAUGUACUUCCAACAGUACUGGAGAGAUAAACGGUUAUCGUACACAGGUAUCCCUCUGAACUUGACCCUGGACAACAGAGUAGCAGACCACCUCUGGGUUCCUGAUACUUACUUUCUGAAUGACAAGAAGUCCUUCGUUCACGGAGUCACCGUCAAGAACCGAAUGAUCCGACUGCAUCCAGAUGGAACCGUUCUCUACGGUCUGAGGAUCACAACCACAGCAGCUUGCAUGAUGGACCUGAGGAGGUAUCCUCUGGACGAGCAGAACUGCACCCUGGAAAUUGAGAGCUACGGUUACACCACAGACGACAUCCAGUUUUACUGGAAGGGUGGCGACUCGGCAGUGAGUGGCAUCACACGCAUUGAACUUCCUCAGUUUUCCAUCGUGGACUACAAGCUGGUCUCCAGGAACGUGGUUUUCUCCACCGGAGCUUAUCCUCGACUGUCUUUGAGCUUCAGACUGAAGAGGAACAUCGGAUACUUCAUACUCCAAACUUACAUGCCCUCCAUCCUGAUCACCAUCCUGUCCUGGGUCUCCUUCUGGAUCAACUACGACGCCUCAGCUGCCAGAGUGGCUUUAGGCAUCACCACGGUGCUGACCAUGACCACCAUCAACACCCACCUGAGGGAAACUCUCCCUAAGAUUCCCUACGUCAAGGCCAUCGACAUGUACCUGAUGGGCUGCUUCAUCUUCGUCUUCCUGGCUCUGCUGGAGUACGCCUUCGUCAACUACAUUUUCUUUGGUCGCGGUCCUCGGAAUCAGAAGCUGUGGGAGCGGGGUCAAAAGGUCAAGGAGGAACGCCACAUCAGCCACGUAAAGUCCAAAGUUGACUCCAAGGGGAACAUCCUGCUGACCACUUUAGAGAUUCACAACGAGGUCGGAGGUCAUGAGAUCAGGACGAGCCUCAGUGAGACCCAGUUCCCCUCGUCCAUGAACCUGGACGCCGAUGGUUUGCAGUACAGGAAGUCCAGUUUGGCCCAGGACACAGGUCGACUCAGUCUGGACCAGAACACCGAUCCCAGACAGAACUCCCUGAGAAGACCGUCUUCACAGCUCCGCUUUAAAAUCCCAGAGCUGACCAACGUGAACACUGUGGACAGGUGCUCCCGGGUCAUUUUCCCAUCGACCUUCUGCCUCUUCAAUCUCAUCUACUGGCUUUACUACGUCAACUGAUUAUAAUCCAUUCUACUGUAUGUAGUCAUUAAUUCAUCAAUUGAUCCAGAUUAUAAUCGUUCAUCCACUGUUUUUCCUUCAUCAAUAAAUCCAAAUUAUAAAUGCCCAUCUUUAUUAUAAUAAUGAAUGGAUUUGACACCAACACCAGUUUAGUUCUGGAUAAUCCUAAUCCUCUUGUUACCUCGUUGAGAACUCAAACUUCACAUCCUUCAAUGUCUGGACGAAUGCCUGUCAACUGAUGGCUGAAUGUUUCUUAUGUCAUGUGUUGAACUGCUUGUUGUGUUCACUCUAAAUGUUAUCACUGUUUAAUCUAAAUUCUUCUUCUGGACUCCAUCUUCUGAACGCCAUCAUCAUACAUUAAAGGGUAGUAUUAAUCAGAAUAAGAAAACAUUUGUCUCUGUGCAUUAAAAUCACUGAUUUUCUCUAUGGCCUUUGGUCUGAGCUAAAAUCACUGAUUUUCUCCAUGG